AUGAGCGGUCACAGCGGCAAAGCAGACAACGAGCAGCUCAAGGGCUCCAAGCUCUUCGACGUGUCUCACGUCACGGCAGUCGUUACCGGCGGCGGAACUGGCAUCGGCUUGAUGAUCACACAAGCGCUCGUCGCCAACGGCGCAAAGGUGUACAUCACGUCUAGGCGAGAUGAGGUCCUCAAGAAAACCGAGGAGCUGUACAACACGGGACCUGGCAAGAUCAUUCCCCUUGUGGCCGACGUGAGCCAGAAGGAGGAUAUUCUGCGCCUUUACGACGAGGUACAGCAGAAGGAGCCGAAGGGGAUUCAGUUGCUUGUUAACAAUGCCGGUAUCGCUCGUGACGAUGCCACCAAGUUCUCCUCAAACGGCCAGCCCGACCUGAGCGAUCCGCAAGCCAUCGCCGAUCACUUCCUUAAGACGCCCGACGAAUCCUGGGCCGACACCUUCAAGACCAAUGUGACUGGCAUCUAUUACAUGUCCAUGACAUUCCUCCCUUUGCUCGCGAAGGGCCGUGAGGUCACACCUGGCUACACCUCUAGUGUUGUAAACAUUACUUCCAUCUCGGGCUUCAUGAAGGGUAGCAGCUCUGGCCAGUUUGCGUAUGCUUCUUCAAAGGCUGCUGCUACGCACUUGACUCGCAUGCUCGCUACGACAUUUGCGCAGACCAAAGUUCGGGUGAACUGCAUUGCGCCGGGAGUAUUCCCUAGUGAGAUGACUGCUGGCGACUCCGGUGAGGACAACAAGUCAAAGCUCGAUAUGGAAAUGUCGAAUCCCGCAGGCCGACCCGGUGCCGACGCCGACAUGGCUGCGUCGAUUCUAUUCCUGGCUGGCCCAGGCGGUGUAUUCUACAACGAACAAAUACUGUUCCCAGAUGGAGGCAACACCCUCGUGCAGCCGGCUGCGAAGUAA